GUGAUGGAGUACCUUAUUGGUGGAGACGUCAAAUCUCUUCUUCAUAUUUAUGGAUAUUUUGAUGAAGAAAUGGCUGUUAAGUACAUUUCUGAAGCAGCAUUGGCUCUUGACUACCUUCAUAGGCAUGGGAUAAUCCACAGGGAUCUGAAGCCUGACAACAUGCUCAUUUCUAAUCAGGGCCAUAUAAAGUUGACAGACUUUGGGCUUUCCAGAGUUACUCUGAACAGAGAGAUAAAUAUGAUGGAUAUCCUUACUACACCAUCAAUGGCAAAGCCAAAACAAGACUACUCACGUACUCCAGGACAAUUGUUGUCCCUCAUCAGUUCACUGGGUUUUUAUACUCCAGUUGGAAUGAAGAUGCCAGAGCGCAAUUCAAGUCAAUCAUCUGACAGUCUGCAUGGAGUGGCUUCUCCCUUACCUAUGGUCCAAAAGGAAAAUACCCCUCUUUCAAGUAAAUUAUUCAAAACAUAUCUUGACACUUCUCAACUAACUCCUGUGAUGCCAGUGAGAAGUUUAACUCCUACUGUACUUCAGUCAAGAAAAAGGUUUGGUACCUCCAGUGCCGGUAGUCAGUCGCACACAUACUUGUCCAGUACGGAAUCAGAAUGCUGCAGCAGCCCCAGGUGGGAGAAAGAUGUAGAGCAAAGCGAAGGUGAACUAUGUUCUACAAUAGUCAAACCAAGUAACAGUGGGUCGGCUCUCCUUUCAAAUGUAGAAUUGCUGAAUAGCAAAAGUAUUGAAGCUUUAAAGAAAAAAGAACUGGAGUCUGCCAUUUCUCCCAUCGGCAGCAAUGAUUCUGGCAGUAGGCAGAAGUUGGGAAGUGAACAUCCUGAUGUAACAGAUACUCCUGUGACCACACUGGAUGUGAAAGGCUUAGUCAGAAAAUGUCUUUCAGGAAAUAAGAUUUGGGAAGAGAAACUCUUCAUAAAUAAAAGAGAGAUGAUUAAUGAAACAGCAGAGACUUCCAGUCAGCAACAGUCACCUUCAAGGCAGAAUGAGCCUGUCAAGCCUAUCAAAGAAGAGGAAAUUUUUGAAAAGCCAGGUGUAAAAAGAAGCUUUGAAUUAGUUGAUACCAGUCCUUGUCAGGAACUUAACUAUGUUAAAAAAAGCAACGCUGAAUAUAAACGUGGCUGUCAGAUCUCAGAAUUUCCAGCAAACAAAAGGACAGGUUUGACAACAGAAAUUGAAUCCAUAAUGCUUUGUGAUGAUGGAUGCCAACGUGACACCUGCAAAAGCAAGGAAGAAGUUGAGAGUGUUAUUGGUAACAAGCAAACAGUAGAAAAAUCACUUACUCCAACUGUAGCCAAAAAUCUUAUGUGUGAUCUGGAUGCAGACUAUGAAAAGGGUGAUAAAAAGGACUAUAUGAACUCAAGUUUUCUAGGCACUGAUGAUGAAAAACCUUUGGGAAUCCUCAGUGCAGAUUCUGAUUUAUCACUUCCUGAAGUGUCUGUUACAGAAAGCCAUUUAGAAAAGCAGCUUUUAGAUUUGGACAAAAGUGUUAGAGACCUCUCCUUUGAGGAGCCAAAAACAGAAGGCAUACUAACAACAUCACCAGAGUCCCGAGAUGCCUCACAAAAUGGAGGGGAAGCACAUACUAUCCAGGACUGCAAGCCAUUACAUCAUGAAAAGGAUAAUGACCAAACGCACAUGAAGGAAACUUAUCUUGACACAGUUUCUUCUCCUUCAGAAAAGAUGAUGGAAGCGCUGAAUCUCUUUAAAAAAAAUGCUGUUGUUUUUCGAAGUUAUAAUAGUUCAAUUAAUAUAUCCAAUGCAUCUGAGCCAUGUAGCAUGGCUUCCUUAGAUAUAAUGGAUCUCUCACCUGCUUGUAGUGGCUCUUACCCAACAGCUAUUACUCCAUUACAGAAAGGAAGACCUUAUAGAGUCUAUCAGACACCUCAUCAGGGAGAUGCUGGCACACCAUAUAGGACUCCAAAGAGCGUAAGAAGAGGAGCCGCCCCAGUAGAAGGUGAACGCAUCCUAGGAACCCCAGACUACCUCGCACCUGAGCUGCUUUUGACAAAGCCUCAUGGUUCUGCUGUAGACUGGUGGGCCCUUGGAGUUUGUCUGUAUGAGUUUCUAACUGGAAUUCCACCUUUUAAUGAUGAAACACCAGCACAAGUCUUUCAAAAUAUUUUGAAAAGAGAUAUUCCCUGGCCUGAGGGUGAAGAAAAGCUGUCUGAUAAUGCCCAAAAUGCAAUAGAUAUUCUUCUGACAAUUGACAGUACUAAGAGAGCUGGACUGAAGGAACUGAAACAUCACCCUCUCUUUCAUGGUGUGGACUGGGAUAACCUACAGAACCAAACCAUGCCGUUUAUACCUCAGCCGGAUGAUGAAACUGAUACCUCUUACUUUGAAGCAAGGAAUAAUGCUCAGCACCUGACUGUGUCUGGAUUUAGCUUAUAGCAUCAAGAUAAGUGAACUUUUUCCAUGUUUGUGCACACUUACAGGUUGCUCUGUAACACUAGCUUGGUCUUAACUAAGUUUCCUUGCCAAAUUUAGAGUGUGUUUUAAGUUAUCAGGCUGGUUUUAUUAUUGUAUCCUUUAUUCUAAAGUGAAACUACUGUACGAAACUUUGCUGGUGUCAAGUGCCUUCAUGUUACUACUUAUCUCACUUACUGCACCUUACUAAGACGCCAGAGCAUUGUAUUUCUUGGAGCUAAUAACACUUGGCAGUGAUGGGGCUUUAUUAAUAGCAAUUAAUUACUCGUUAGGAUGUGUAAAGUUAUUUCCCAGUUAAACUUAAUAGGGAAAGGACAUAAAUGCAUGCUACUUGUAUCUAAUUAUAACUUACCAGUUGGUGGUUCAGUGUAACGUCAGUCUUGUUUGGGAGUAGUCCUUUUUGACCAGUUUGAAUAUAUAUCCACUGUGCAAAGAUGAUGUUUUUACUCAAGGUGGAAAAUUGCAAUCUUAAUGCAGCAUUGAAACAUCUGUCUUCUGUUUGUCUUAUCCCAAGAAGGGUUGAAAGAGACAGUGUUGUUCAAAGCUGACUUGGCUGGCUGCAGCAUGUGCAGUUUCACUUUAAACUGUUGCAUUGUAACCACUUACACUGUAGGAAGACGGACUGUACAGUGUACAUUUUAGUAAUUUUUUAAAUAGAAAAUGCUGAGUAUCUGUGUUUGUGCUCACUCAUGUCAGAUGAUAGAAAACAAACAAAAAUCACCUGAGUAUUAUCUAACAAGUGAAGUAUUAUUCAUACUGAAGCUGCUAUAUACUAAAGAAUAUAAUGCAUUGCAAAUUAGCAGACUGUUGUUCUGUAAACUCACAACCAGAUCUUCGAUUUUACUAGAACUUAAGUUACAAGUAUUAUAAAUCCUAAUUAGGGGGAAGUAUAUUUAAAUCUAUUUUCAAAUGCAACACAAAACUUGCUUCUGCUCAGUUUUAGGGGUUUAUUUGUAGCUAAUUAUCUUCAAUAUUUUUCUUGAAUAAGUAUCUUCCUCAGCUAGCUGACUGAAGAUUUUUAGUUUUCAGGUUCAUACUUGCUAGAUAAAGAUCACUUGU